UUGAGGUCACGAAGGUUCCUCCAUCUAAAGAUGGCGGCUUCGGCAGUGAGGGGCGCUAUGGCUCUGAGGACGACUGGCCGGCCCGUUGCUUUUGUCAGAAAAAUUCCCUGGACUGCGGCCGCGAGUGAGCUGAGAGAACACUUUGCACAAUUUGGCCAUAUACGAAAGUGUACUGUACCUUUUGACAGAGAGACUGGCUUUCACCGAGGUAUGGGUUGGGUACACUUUUCUUCAGAAGAAGAACUUCAUAAUGUACUACAACAGGAAAAGCAUGUUAUUGAUGGAGUAAAGCUCCACGUUCAAGCUCAAAGACGAAAAGUUUUGCAAGGGGAUCAAACAUCUGAUGAAGAGAAAGAUUUUUGAGAAUAUGACUGCCUAUUAAAUAACUCAAACUGAAAA